UGGGUCUGGCACCAGCCAAGCCUCCGCGGGAACGGCGGCUUGGCCAAUGCUGGCUCCGUCCCUGCGCACAUAUAGCUCAUGGAUAGGACCUACGCCUUCUAAAUGCAUAGUGUCCAGUUCCAAUAUUUUUUCCCCAGUUUUUCUACUCUGCUGCUGACAAAGAAGCUCCAAGUGGCAGAAAAUUUAAAUUAAGGACCUGUUCUUCAUCACACGUUCCUUAUCUGUAUUUCCAUUUCUAUUAAUGUGCAUAUUUACCCUGUUCUUCAUCACACAUUCCUUAUCUAUAUUUCCAUUUCUAUUGACUAUACAUUUACUUUGUUCUUCAUCACACCUUCCUUAUCUAUAUUUCCAUAUCUCGUCUCCUUUAUUCCUUCUUUCAUAUCUGUGCAUUGGCCAAACAAUCAGAGGUUGGAACCGUUGCAAUGGCAGAGGCAGUGGUGUCGAUUGCUCUUGAAACCCUCCGUGAUUUGCUAUUGGAAGAGGGAAGGUUUUUAGCUGGUGUGGGCGACCAAGUGAAGAAACUCGAGCGACAGCUCAGAGAGAUGAAGUGUUUACUCGAAGACGCUGAUAAAAGACGACAUCAAAGCAGAACCAUCUUCAACUGGAUCUCUGAGAUCAAAGAUCUCGUCUUCAGAUCCGAAGCUGCCAUUGAAAGACAUGCAGCUUAUCAAGUUUAUUCAAGGAGAAGAGGCCUCAGACAGUUCGUCCGCAAAUAUUCCUGCAUUUUGGAAGAUUGCUACUCACUCCACCAAUUAGGCUCCGAGAUUUCACAAAUUACCUCAAAUCUCGAGGGGAUAAGAGAGGUUAUGGACGGAAGAGGCAUAAUAAAAAGCAUAAGCACUAAUCCAAAUGGAGAGGGUGGAAGCUCGGGUGGAAACAACAUGUCAAGGAAGAGUUUCCCCAAUUUGGAGAUGGGAGAUUGCUUCCUAGGCAUGGAGGAUGAGCUGAAGCAGCUUGUUCAUCACCUAGGGAAAGACACGGAGGAUCGAAUUAUAUCAGUGUGGGGAAUGGGAGGGUCAGGCAAGACCACAAUUGCCAAGAAGCUCUACAACGAGACGACCGACUUUGAUCGGUCGGCGUGGGUUUGCAUUACUCAGCAAUGCGAGAGUCGAUCAGUUUGGGAGGAAGUUCUAAGGCAGCUAGAAAAUCCACAAAAGAAGAAAGGUGUUUCAGUCCUGAACGAUGAGCCACGAGUAGUAAGGGCGGAGGUUCCAAAUCUGAGCAACUCAGUAUAUGAUAGACUAUGUGAUAUACAAAGAGAGAAGCGAUGUCUCAUUGUUUUGGACGAUCUUUGGGAACUUUCUCAUUGGGUGGAGUUGAAGCAUCCAUUCGUUGUCCAAGAUUUGCAGAGUAAAAUAUUGGUGACAACACGGGAACAAAAGGUUGCAGUGAUUGGAUUGACAGUGAAACAUGGGCUCUUACAUUUGGAUGCUGCUUUGGAACUACUCAAAAACAAAGCAUUUUAGCAUGGAAAUAUUCCAGACUUUGCAUUGGCAGAAAGAUUUGAAAAAAUUGGGAAAGAAAUGUUACAAAAAUGUGGUUACUUGCCAUUGGCAAUUUGUUUACUCGGUGGGGUUUUGAGAGAGAAAAAAUCGAUUGUUGAGUGGGAAUCAGUAAAUGAGCACAUCAAAGCAGCCAUAUAUGGAGUUGAAGAGCAGAUUGAUGGAGUGCUGAAUUUAAGCUAUGAAAGUUUACCCUAUUAUUUGAAGCCUUGCUUUCUCUAUUUGGGUAUCUUCAACGAGGAUGAAACCAUAGGUGCUUUGGAACUAUAUACCAUGUGGAUAGCACAAGGCAUGAUUUCAUAUGAGAAUAUUGGAGAAAAGGAGGACACUUUAAUUGACAUCGCUGAGCUGUACUUAAGUGAGUUAGCCUCCAGGUCUAUUGUUCAAGUUGAAAUUUAUUAUGAUUAUGAUGUCUCAAGCAGAAACAAUAACUAUGUUUGAAAUUGGGAAAAAGGGAGCAUUUUGGUGUGCAGAGUUUGGAGUAUAAAGGUGGGAAACUUAGUACCUUACUACAGGAAGCUACAACAUCUGGCAAUCGAUUUCAGAAGUGAAGUCGAGCAUGAGCUUAUAGUUGCUUGUGGAGAAGAUACUAGGGAGCAUAUAAGGUCUAUUCGAUUAUCCAAUGUCGUAGGAUCAGAUGUUGUUGAGUUUCCCCCACAAAGUAUAAUUGAUUUUCAGAAAUUCAAAUUUCUGAGAGAUCUAGUUAUCCUGAGAUUCAAAUUUGCGGCGGGAAAGUUACCGAGAGGAAUCACUAAACUUGUUCACCUUAGACGUUUGUGUUUAGAAGAAUGUGAACUUGAUAAGCUACCGUCAUCCAUGAGGAAUUUGGUAUACUUGGAUACCCUUGAUUUAACACUUUCAUGGGAUGUUGAAGUUCCAAAUGUUUUUAAAGAGAUGUUGCGAUUAAAACACUUGAUACUUCCUUUCUAUGGAAAUGAAAAUGCUGGAAGUUAUCGAGUAAGAUUGGAUGAGGGAGUAGACAAUUUGGAGACUCUACUAUACUUUCAUAGCAGAUGCCAUGAACUUAAAUGUAUGGACCGAAUGAAGAAUCUCAGGAUUUUUGGAGCAAGUAUACACGAUAAUGAAAGCUUGUCAGCUAUCAUGAAUGUCAUUAUGAACUGGAACAAGAUACGGGAAUGUACUAUUCUCAUUGUAGGAAGUUGCGACUUAACAAAUGAGCGAAUGCUGGAGAAGGCUUUGACUUGUCCCAAUCUUUAUGAUUUGCAUAUUUAUUCAAAAAUAGGGAAGGAGCUGGCAGAGUGCGGGAGUAAUUUGUUGAGCUCGAAACUUAGGUGUUUGGAUCUGAAUGAUUGUGAGAUUGAGGAUGAUCCAAUGGGGAUACUGGGAAAGCUUCCUUGGCUGGCAAAACUGGAAUUAUGUCAGAAAUCAUUUGUUGGGGAGGAGAUGACAUGCCCAACAAACAGCUUUCUUCGCCUCAAGAUCCUAGCAUUAAGAGAAUUACCAGCGUUAAGGGAGUGGAGAGUGGAGGCAGGAGCAAUGCCCCUUCUCUCUGAAUUAACGAUCGAAGAGUGUUAUUGCCUGGAGAUGGUUCCAAAGGGAUUAUGUGCCAUUUCUACCCUUCAGACUCUCGUAAUUGAAAGAAUGCCAGAACUGAGUAAAAGGAUAUCACCAUCUGGAGAAGAUUUCCAUGAAGUUUGCCAUGUGCCUUCAAUUCUUAUCUCAUUUCUCACAUUUCCUUUCUUCAAUUUUGAUGUGAACACCCCCUAAAUUGCAAUUUUUUGGAUAGUAAACCACAUAAUAAGUUCAUGCGACAAAUUAAAGUAGUGUGUUAUGCCAAAAUUUUGUAAAUUCUUUUUUCCUGUUAAGUUAGGCAUGCAUGAUUACUUUUUUUUCUUGAAAUUGCUAUAAAACCAAAACACAUCUGUCUCCUAAUUUUUUUGGUGCCAUGUAUUCGCAAAUCACAACUAAUAAUCUUAUCUCUUUAGGGUAACACAAUUCUAAAGUUUCAACUGAGGUAAAUAUGUUGCCCGUCGUCACUAGAAACUAGCAUAAAGCAUUAUUUUCAAUAAAUUGCAAAGUUCUAUAUAGGAACACACAUUUUAAGUCAUUUUUAGUCAUAGAAUUCCAACAUAGAUGAGCUAUCUACCCUACCACAUUCAUGUCACAGAUUAAAAGUGGAGUAGUUAUAUAUUCCAUGUUCUUUUUAUUUUCAUUUUUCAUAUGAUUAAUCAUUUAAAAUUCUUACUCCUUGUUCCUGCUAAAUUAGGCAUAAUCACUGAAAAAAUGCAUGAUCACAAGAUGUUGAUUCAUCUGAGUCUUGAAAAUUAUUUGCCAAAAUAAAAUCGUAAACUCUAAUGCCGUCAUUAUGUUUUUAUUUUCAUUCAAUAGUAUCCAUAACUAGAGAACUCUUCUGUAUAUUAUUGCCGAUUUACAGGUUGAGCUUUAAUUCUUUGGAGAGUAAUGGAUUAUCACUGCCACUUUUGGUGCUCAAUGAAAACAGUUUACCUUUCUGUAAAGGCCACAUUCCUUGCUAAGGUUUUGUUGCAGCUCAACUCAUUGUAAGAUACUACUUACUCCUAGUAUAUGUGUAUGAAUUAAUAUUGAUGGUCUGUAAAAACUUAAAUGUUGGAAGCGGCAAAUUGUAUUGUGUCUGUGUUGAAUUUGAUUUGUGUUGAGUUGAAAUUUAUGGUAUGUAAUAACUCAAAUGUUGAAAGUGAAGAAUUGUAUGAUUGCGUUUGCCUGUUUGAA